UUGGGGGACCUAGCUUUUAAAUAUAAUAACCACGGCUGUGUUACUGACAACAUUUAACUUUAACCAUGCAGUACAUACCAAAUGUGUGUUUAGCUACGGUCAUAAUAGUACAAUACAUUCUGCUCUAUGGGCUGUACGAGUAUAUACGCGAAGUGGAUAUUAAGUGUUCGGCAUUGGAGACAACUAGCCAUCGGACGCGUAGGGAUGUAAACAUCGCUGAAAAUUCAGUGUCUUCCAAAACUUCAGGAGAAGGAGAAAAAGUGGAGUUUAUCAAUCCAAAUUUCCGGCCUAUUGUGGAAAAAGAAACCAUCGCCAAAAGUGAACAAUCAAACGGUACCAAAGAGGAAUGGUAUUGGCUAAACGCUUAUUCAAGAAUACCAGUAAGCAUUUUUUUUAAAUAAUAUGUAGUUUUUUUUAGUAAAAAUUUUACUAAAAACAUAUUUUUAGAUAGCUGCUCUACAAGGAUUUUGUGCGUCUACUAGAGACUAUUGUCCUCCAGGGAAAGAAGGACCUAUUGGUCCUCAAGGAGAACCUGGUCCGAAAGGAAUACCAGGUGCCAAAGGUAAACUAUUUACAAAAAAAAAAAUUAACUGUAAAUUAACUGUAGUACCUAGAUAGAGAAAUAUAAUAUAAAAACGAAAAGUUUACACUAUAAUGUUUAUACAAAAAGUACUUGCUGCGCAAGUACUUUAUAAGAAGAUAGUUUCUUAAUUUUAAAAACGUUUGAUUCUAUUAUAUAUUUUAUUAGAUACUUUUUCAAAUCAACUAAUCAAUUAAAGGGUAAACAUAAAAGUAAAUAUAUAUCUUUCUUUAAGCCAUAAUUUAUAAUUAUCUACUAAUUAGUGCCUAGUUUUGUAUCAUAGAAACAUAAAUACAUUUUCUUCUAUUAAUUAGAAGAUGAUUUAUUUAAUUGUAAUGUAAUACAAAUGAUUUCUUUGAUUAUUUGUAUUUUAGGAGAUGAAGGACGUAAAGGUCCUAUAGGUGUUGAAGGUCCGAAAGGUCCAACAGGAUUACCAGGACCGGUUCGUAGGUGUCAUGAUAUUUAAAUCAGCAUCAAACCAUACAUAUCUACACAGUAUGUACAUAAUAUAAUAAAAUGUAACAUUUUAAAUUAUAGGUGGGCCCAAAAGGACAAAAAGGUGAUACUGGUAAAACAGGGAAUUCCGGUAAGCAUAAUCAAUACUAUAUAUUAUAAUUAUGAUUAGUAAUACAUUAUUUUGAUAACUAGUUGUUUGUGAUAAAAACUUAAGUACCAGGUGAUUCGUUAAAGUGGGUACACUCAUUAUCUCCGAAAAUAUUAACAUUUUUCGGAAUUUAUUUGCUAGAAUAUUAAGGAAACAAGCUGCUCUAUAAUUUUAUAUUUAUGUUAUUUUUGUUACCCUCACUUUUGGGGGUAAAACAGCUACCUACUUUUGACUUUCAAAUGGCACCCUAUAUUAAAAAGGCUAUAAAUAAGAUGGAGUAUUAAUUAAAAUAAAUUUCAGUUUUGGUUUCUGUCAAGCCGUUAACGAGAUAUUCCACUUUAAAGUUUGGGUUGGAGGAGAGAAGUGGAGCAAUAUUAAUACACCACGCGCCGUACCGCCACACAAAUGAUACUUCAUUACUCUUAUGCAACUCAAACUUAAAAGACAGUGGAAUAUUUCGUCAACGAAUUGACGGAAAUAAAAAAUGUCAACACUAAAAUUUAUUUUAACUAGUACUUCAUCUAUUUAUGGACUUUUAUAGGUUGCCAUUUGGAAUUCAAAAGUAGGUAGAGGUUUUGCCCCCAAAAAUGAGGGUGCCAAAAAUAAAAUAAAUAUAAAAUUAUAGAGCAGGUUGUUUCCUUAAUGUUCUAGAAAACAAAUUCCAGAAAAAGUUAAUACUCUCCGAGAUGAUGAGAGUAUGUCUACUUAAAUGAAUUACCUAAUAUGUCACUAUUUAAUUCAUGCCAUGUUGUGACAUAACUUAUACAUGCCUAAUUUAGUUUUAAAUUUGAAUUGUACGUUUCUAAAUAGUCAACUUGUACUUUCAUAAUAUGGUUGAUACUUUACAGUUUUCUGUAUCUAUUAAGUUGGUGCUAAGUAAAUUAAAUAUUAUAAAAAAAAUAGUACAAUGUAUGUAUAUAAUUUCCAUUUAAAGUUAGAUUAUUUUAUUAGCAAUAACAAUAAAUUAAUAUACCUAAACCUAUGCCUAGGUAUUUUAAUAUCAUACAAUUAUCUUUAAUUGUUUGAUUUGGUAUCGUUUUAGUAUGUAGGACGUAGGUACUCUACUACUAUAACUUACAUACCUACCUGAAUUAUUCAAAGAAUACAAUUAUAUUAAUUUUGUUUAUUAGUUAUCACAGUCAAGUAAUUUAAAUAUUUAAUAUUUUGUAUUUUAAUUUCGCUUAAGCUUUAUUGUUAGUUUAUUAUUUGUUACAAUUCAAUUGAAUUUAGUUAAAUGUUAUAAAAUCAAUAAAACUUAUACGUAAUAUUUUUAAUAUUUUUGUUGAUAUAUUUAGGUUUAGAUGGGCGCGAUGGCAUUCCAGGUUCUCCUGGUUUAGACGGAGUACCCGGAAAAAAUGGUUUUGAUGGUUUGUAAAUAUAUUAGUAUAAUUAUACUUGUAUAUAUAUUUCAGAUUAAUUAUCAGUAAAAGUAGUAGUUACCAAAUUAGUAGUUAAACUUUAUACUUAACUUUAACUUUUAACUGACCAACAAUAUUUAAUUUUUAAUUUUUUUUUUAACUACCUACUUACCUAUAUAUACUAGGUAAGUAAACUAUAUUAUACAAUUACGAUAUACUAAUUAUAACUAGGUAAUGAACUUGAAAAAAAAAUAGCUAAUCAAGGAUGUAUCCCCCAUUACUUAUUUUUCUUAAAUAUUUAUAAUAAUACAUUAUCUUAUAUUAUAUCUCUAUAGUUAUAAAACAAAAUUAUAUAAAUAAGAAUAGCUCUUCAAAAUUAUCCGUUUCCCCAUCAUUAUAAAAUCAUUCGAACGCAACUUUAGCUUAUAUUAAAAAUUCUAUAAGGAGAUAGAGUAUUACAUAGUUAUAUUUUUGUGUUUUCAAUUUCUGUCAACUCAUUGACGAAUUAUAACACUUUUAAGUUUAAUUAGUGAGAGAGUGGAGUAACAUUAUUAAAACGCCUUUCGCUGUGCCAGCGACAGACACAAAUGAUGCACCGCUACUUUUCCCUGAACAUUGUCAAUACUUAAAACUAGAAUAUCUUAUCUUUUAUUAUAGAUUGUUAUUUGAAAAUUAAAAAUAAAUAGUGGUUUCACACCUUGAAGUAAGUAACAAAAUAAUUUUAAUGUAACAUUUUAAAGCUACUUCUUUCUUAAAUGUUCUGAAGGACAAAUUUCGAAAAAAGUUAAUAUUUUCCGAGAUGAACUUUUCGAGUGUCUUAUGAGUAUAAAAUAUUAUUAUAAAUAUCCAAAAGGAAACCGUUAUGCGGAGAGAUAUUUCUUCCCCCCCCCUUUGUUUGACUGUUCCUGUGGCAAUACCUAUUUAUUUAUUUAUAGACUAGUUAAGUAUGGGUAAAUUUUGAAAUAAUGUUUGAUAGAUGUUGUUAAACAGUAAUAGAGUAUAAUUAAAGAUGAGGUUUGCAUACAAAAUUUGAAAUAAUUUUAUUUAAACUUUUUUUUUUGUAAUUUUUGUUGAAAAACAUAAUAUGAAAAUAGAAUAUCUAUAAAAUGAUAGUAAUGUAAAAUCUAAUCGCCGCCGAUUGUUUCAUAAAAAUAACUUUCAAACAACUCUUAGGUUUAGUUAAACUAAAUAAAUAUUCAAAAAUAAUAGAUUCGUUCAAAUAAAAUAUUUUCCAAAAUAAUAUGAUUGUAUUACAAUAAAUAUUAUUGAUUUUUAAUAGUCUUACACGUAUCCUUAAUUUAACUAAAGAAAUUCAUUAUUUCAAAUACGCUGAUGUAUUCACUGUGGUGUGGUUGAAUAGCUUUUUGGACUCUCAGGUUACAUAGAAUAAUGAAAAAAGGUUUCCGGGCAGGGUUAUUUAAAAAUACUAAUUUGAAAGUCUUAUUUUAUAAACAUUUAAUUAGUAUAUUAAAUGUUACAUAAAAUUGUAAAAAUUACAAUUGCAUAUUGGUAAAAUACCUAAUGGCUAAUGCAAUUUUCUUUAUUGGAUAUUGUUCACUAUUUUUUCGAUUUGCACAACAAAAUUUCUUAUACCCGCUCUAAACAUAUGACAAAACAUAGUCGACAUAAAAUAAAUACAAUUACAGAAUGUAUACAAUUUUAAGGAGAUAAAAUGUCAAAUAAUCAAUUAAAUUUUUCGUACUUAUAGAGCGGGCAAUAUGAAAUACACUCUCCGACAAGCCGGUUGCCAACCCCUGAAAUACACUAGAGUGUAUGAUAAUAAAUAAUAACGAUAUGUGCUUUUAAUUAUAAUUAAUCAAAUUAAUUUUGAUACCUAUUUCCGUGAAUGUAUUGUAAAUUGUUUAAUUAAAUUAUUGACAUUAGGGAUUCCUGGUGUUAAUGGAGCACCCGGAAAGGAUGCAACAUGUUUUAAUGGUACUGAUGGAAAACCUGGUGAAACGGGACCAAUUGGACCACCGGGUCCAAUAGGCCCAAAAGGUUGGUUAUUAUUAUUAUAAAUUAAUAAUUAAAAUAUUUAUUAUUUUAUGAACUAGGAUUAACUGGACCAAAAGGACGGCCAGGUAAACCAGGACUUGAUGGUACUCCUGGAAAACCAGGAUUAAGUGCUUAUAAUUAUACAGUGAAAGGGAUUCCUACUUCAGAUUUUUUAACAGCGCCCACUAUUAUUGGGCAAUCUGAAUUAAAGAAUAUAACUGUAAAAGAAGGUGAUAAUUUAAGGUUACGGUGUGUAGCAACAGGGUCUCCCAAACCAACAAUUGUAUGGCAAAAACUAGACUCUACUACAGUUCCAAUGGGUUCAUGGAGAGGUAAUCUUAUUAAAUAGAUAAAUGUAAUUUUUUGUAAUGAAACAUCAAUUACUGUUUUUUUUUCUACUUCAGAGGAAGCAGUUACUGGCAAUGCAAUAAACAUUACUAAAGUUAACAGACUUCAUAUGGGUCGUUAUAAAUGUAUUGCUGAUAAUGGUAUAGCUCCAUCUUCAAUACAAUAUUAUUCUAUUGAAAUACAUUGUAAGUACAUGAAUUAGUUUUAUUUUUAUCAUUAAUUAUUCUAGGGAUUAGUUUUUCUAUAUUAUAUCUUACUUCAGUUUUAGCAUAAUAUGUUUUUAUAUUAUCUCUGAAUGUAUUUAAAAUUCAUUUUUUUUUUUUUCAUAUAGUCCCUCCACUCAUUUCUGUACAGAAUCAACAUGUGGCUGCUGCAGUUAAUCGUUCUACAUCAUUUGAAUGUGAAGUGGAAGCUUAUCCGUAUGCAGUUCAUUACUGGGAACGAGAAGGAGAAAUUUUGGAAGACAGUGAUAAAUAUAGUAUAACUCGUACAGAUAUUUCUAAUUAUAAUUAUAAAUUUAUAAUGCAAUUAAAUAUAUCAUCUGUUAAUGAUUUUGAUAAUGGUACUUAUUACUGUGUGAGUAAAAAUGAUGAAGGAACCGUCGCUGGAAAUAUCACUUUAUAUAGUAAAUAUUAAAAAAAUAAUAAUAAUAGUAAUAAUUUAUUAUAUCAUUCAAUUACAUAUUUUAAAUAUUACAGUCGUUGAUCCAACUUUAGUAACACCUCCACCUUAUGUUGAUCCUAUGAACAAAAUCAAAUUUGGUAAAGGACCCCCACAGCUAAUUGGAGAAGAGGAUAUCUGCCAACCCCCAGUUAUCUGUCCAACUUGUCAAAAACCAAAAGAAACUAAGGAGUGUAAGGAAGAAUUCACUAUAGAUGAUCUGUUAGGUCAUCAACCGUUAGAUGUACAACAAUUACAAAAAGUUACCAUCAAAGGUCAUGCUAAUCGAAGUUUAGGUAAAUUAUAAUAAUAAUUGUUUUCAAUACUUUAAAAAAUCUAUAAUGUGUGUUGUUUAGAUUGUCAAGUGUAUGCAGUAGGUAAGCCAGUUUAUAAUAGAGACUCAAAUGCAUCAUAUGGAAGUUGGAUGAAAGAUCCGAUGCCACGUUUAUCUAACGAAACAAUUUGGAUGACUACUAAUGAAAUAUAUACACUAUUAGAAUUUUCUAACAAAUCUAUUUUUAAAUCAAAAAAAGCAUCAAAAACACACACCUUAAGCUACCCGUUUCACGUGAGUGAUACUUAAAAAUAUUUAUUUACAGUAUUAAAAACAGAUAUUUUUUGUAUGAUUGUGAUAUACGUAUGAAAAAUUAUGGUUUAAAAAACUUCACAUUAAAAAUUAAUUAGCAGUUGAAAAUUGAAUUGGGUUAAAAAAAAAUUAAAAUAAAUUGUAGAAGAAAAUAAUAAUAUUUAUACAAAGUUCAAUGUACUAAGACAUAUCUGAGACAAAUUAAAGAAAUUUAAAUUAAAAUUAAAGAAUUAAAUAAACUAAGAUUUAAAUUUAAAAAUAGUGUUUUCAAACAAAUUUGUUUUUUAUUUAUAUACUUUACUAAUAAAGACAAAAAAACAAAUAUAAUUUACAAUUAUGGUAUUAUAUAAAGAUAACAAAGAUAACAUAAGAUAAUAUAAGUCGUACAAUAAUCAUUAUAGUUAAAAAAGAAAUCACGGAUAAUCAUUGAUCAGCCUCCUCAUCAUACGAUUCAUAUCGGUGAUAUGUUUGUUUCAUAAAGAAUUUUUCGUACAAUGUCGAAUAAAAAACAUAGAUGUAUGCUAAUGCAUUUAAUAGGAACUCUUCUAUUAAUAAGUGCAAGAAGGAAAAGAAAAUCUAUAAAAUCAUAAAAGAAAGAUUAUGAGACUGUUAGCUAGGCUAUUAGUUAAAGAUAAGUUAAUGAAAUGGAGAAAGGGAUUAUAGUAAUGCAAAGGGUAAUUUAUAUUAGAGGCGUAUUAGUUUAGGAAUUUACACUGCACUCGUUCAAGCUGUUAACAAGCAUCAGCAGUCUCAGGAUCCUAUAAAACUGAGCCAAAUUACGAGUGUACAAUAGAGAGAUUUCAGAAAAUUAGCGAGUUUGAAUUCACCAGAAAUUCUUUCAAUAAAGCGCAGUACUUUAAAAAACUUUGCAGGUAAUUAAAUCAAUGUGAUGAGCACAAGGACUGAGAGAUGAAGUAAAAGUAAAGCCAACAAAUAAAAUAACAUAGGUUAGUAUCAACAGGGAGCAGGUAACUAGGUAAGAGUCAUUUAAAAUGUAAGAAUAGGUAAUAGAAAACGGUUUAUGGUAAAUAUCAUUGUUCUGAAUUUUAGAUUCUGAGUGAAGCAAGGAAUGUAUUGGUUUUACAAUGAUGUUUAUAUUUAUCUGACCGGGGUGGUACUUUAGGGUGGUCAUUUUUUGAUUUUCCCAAGAGUUUUCUCAACAAAUUGAAAAACUGAGAAAAAAAGGAAAAAUAGGUACAAUAUUAAACAAAUAUUAUUAAAGAAAAUGUUUAAUGCAUGUGUAAUUAUUUUACCAUAAUAUGACAUAUAUAUUGUUGACAAAGCAACACUAUCAACCGAAUUCCGCUCUGAAUCAUUUUUCGUUAGCAAUGGUUAAUCGUUGCGUACAGAUUUACAUUUAAUUUCCCUUCUACUACUUUUCCAACUUCACAUGUACAGCAGUGGCUCAUCCACGUGGGAAAUAUGUCCGUUUUUUUUUUUAAAUUUAUACGAUCAUAACAUACUUUGAUUACUUAUUUUAAAUUUGAUUAAUCUUUUUAGGUAGUGAAAAUAAACUUAGAAGAAUAUAAUUGAAAGAGGAGGUUGAAGGUUAUAUGAGGAUGGUCAGUGUAUGUGAGGAUAAUGUAGGAGAUUGGGUCAAGUGGAAGUUGAUAACGUAGGUGACAGACAUAAAAUAUUUAGUAUGAAGGAAAAUAAGAUAUAAGGCAUAAUUAUGCAUUAUUUUAUAUUUUACAAAAUAAGCCUGUACCUAUUUUAUUUUAGGGUAACAGUCAUGCAAUGUAUAAUGGCUGUUUUUAUUUCCAUGAAAAAGACAAACCAUUAAUUCGAAAAUAUGAUAUUCUACACGAAAAAUAUAUAAAUAAAACUAUUCCAUACUUGAAUGCUACCAAUCCCAAGAAUCUUUUAUACACGACCAAGUAACAUACCCAUAUUAAAUAUAAAUAAUAGUUGUUCAUAUUAUUAUUUAACAAAGUCAAUAGUUUUUUAUACUAAUUCGACCUAUGUUUUAUUUAGGAGGAAUUAUGUAGAUUUCGCUGUGGAAGAAAAUGGUUUAUGGAUAAUAUACGGUUUAGAAGAUUCAAAUAAUACAGCAGUUUUACAUUUAAAUCCAUCAAGUUUAGAUAUUGAAUAUGCAUGGAAUAUAAGUAUCAAACACGAUAGAGCAGGAGAUAUGUUUAUUGUUUGUGGUGUCUUAUAUGCGGUUCACAGUGUAACAGAAAGGAAUACAACCAUCAGGUGACACAUACAAAUAAAAAAUAAUAAAUUUUACUCAAUAUAAUAUGCAUAAGUAAAUUAAAUUUAAAUUUAGAUUUGCACUAGAUUUGUACAAAAAUGUUCGUUUAAACGAUGUUGACUUAUCAUUCACUAAUCCAUUUGCAAAUACAACACUAAUUCAAUAUAAUUCACAAAGUAAGGAAUUAUUUACUUGGGACCAAGGCAACUUAUUAACAUAUCCUAUUAGAUAUAAUGAUAUGGGUAGCAAUAGUACUAAAGGUGAACAGGAUUCUAGUUUCAACGAAUCGUCUGGUAUACUCAAAACCUAGUAAAAAAUAUUUUUGUAUGUAUGUUUAUCAUUUUAGAAAUAAUUAUUUAAAUUGAUUAACCUUUUUUUAUAAGACAAGACUUAUUUUUAUUAUAUUAAUUGCUUUAAUGUAUUUGAAAAUAUUAUGUAAAUUAAUCUAAUUUUUUUAGAUUUUUAUAUGUUGAUAUAAAUGAUUGAUAGCUAUGAUAUUUUAAAUAUAACCUUACUAGUUAUUUAAUCUAAUUAAUAGUAUUAUAGUAUAUUAUAAGAACAGAUCUAAUAAAGACAAAUAUUGUACAUGUAUAUGAAUUAAUUCAUUUCAGAUCAAAAUAAUAUAGAA